ACCGUACCCGUGUCACCAGAGGAAACCCGCGCCGCUCUCGCCCAGCGCCGCUUUCCAGUCGGCAAGAUGGAGCAGGCCAUCAAGCAGAUCGCCGACGACUUCGGGCAGCCCGUCGAGGAGCUGCUCUCGGUCGUGCUGGACAACAUGUGCCAGUCGCAGAACGUCGUCGGCCUGGACGGCCUCGCCGCGUGCGAGGAACUCUCUGUCCAGGGAUGCGGCAUCGCUUCCCUCGACAACUUCCCGAACCUGCAGGCCCUCCGCAAGCUCCUCCUCGCGGACAACCGCAUCGGCGGCGGCCUGGAGAACCUCGCCAAGCUCACCAACCUCGAGGAGCUGAGCAUCGGCGGCAACAAGAUUGCGUCGCUCGACGAGCUCAAGCCCCUCGAGGGACUCAAGCUCACCGCCAUCGACCUCGAGGGCUGCCCGUGCGCCGACGGCUCCGACACCUACCGACAUGCCCUCUUCGCCAUGUUUCCCACGCUCAUCUUCCUCGACGGCACGGACGUCGACGGGAACGAGCGACUCAUCGACGACGACGACGACGAGGACGACGAGGACGAGGACGAGGAGGAGGACUUCGACGACGACGACGACGAGGACGAGGACGAUUUCGACGAAGACGAGGACGACGAGGACGACGACGAGGACGAGGACGAUCAGGUCGCCCGUCUCAGCGCCGGCAUCGACGAUUUCGACGAAGAUGACGACGAAGAAGAUGACGACGAUGAGGACGACGACGACGACCUCGGCACCGCCAACCUCGUCGGGCCCCCGAUGGACGACGACGAGGACGAGGACGACUUCGAAGGCGGCGAGGACCCCGAGAGCGAAGACUUCGACGACGAGGAGGAUGACGACGACGAAGACGAAGAGGAGGCGCCGGCGAAGAAGGCGCGCGUCGACUGAGGACGCGGCGCCCGGAGGGUUCGACUUUGAAUCGAUGAAGAAUCCGCCGCGCGCGGCUCGGGAUCGACCCCGAGCCCACACGACGCGAGACCGAAGGGAGCGGACCGCGCGGGCGCCCUCCGCGGGCGACGUCAUCGUCGCGGCGUCGCUGAAGAUCGCCGCGUCCGUAUUUGUUUUGUUGAUAAGAUGCGAGGAGCGCCGUUGUU